GGUUGCGCACUUCCUUCUGCAAGCCGCAGGCAGAGAAAUUAAAGUACGUCCGGAUGUUGAUUAGCAGAACCAUUGCGGCGAUUUGUCUCCACACUGCCUUUUCCUGCAGCUUAGUGUCUGGCCUAAUUUUUUUCUUUUCAGCCCCGAAAAAAAAAAUAGCAAUAAAUAAAUAAAAUUCCGGACUCUUUCACAUUCUUCCAAAGAAUAUCCCUUUCUACAUUCCUUCACAUCGGAAUCUCUUGUGAAGGCUCCCGCGGACACCGCUUACGGAGGGUAUAUCGUAUCGCAUGAUCAAUCCCAUUCAACCAUGCCCUUGACGCCAACAUACCUCCAGCUAGCAUGUCGUCUCGCCAGAACUAGACGCUAACAAUACGGGUUGGUUCUGCGGCAUGUUCGCGGUUGCGACACCUUUUCCCACGAGAAUUUGGAUCCGUCGAUCGUCUAGCUGACAUCGUGCUGUCAUACUCGGUACACUACAUCAGAAUUGCGCGAUAACCUUUGAUCUUCAUUCCGACAGCCAAUUUCUAGAAUCCUCCCGCGCAUCUGCCACGCGAGAAUUCUCCGACCAUUUCGUGACUCUCAGACGGACGACUGUUCCCCCGUCAGGAUCACCAAGCGGUGGUACAGCCGUAGUCGUCAAGAUGUUUUCCUCUUUCAUUCGCGGGGUAGCCUCGGUCAAGUCGCAAGUGCCACUAUUAAGGAACCUGCGCCUCAACUACAUCUUGAUACACUAUAUUUAUAUCAUUGCGAUGGCCAUAAUCACCUCGAUUAUUAUCUACCCAGGAAACGACCUCGCUUAUAUCGAUGCGCUCUUCUUCUCAGCGGGGGCCGCCACGCAGAGUGGGCUGAACACGAUAGACUUCAACCUGCUGAAAACAUACCAGCAGGUCAUCCUCUACUGGGUCUCCAUGCUGACGACCCCCAUUUUCAUCAACACCGUUCUAGUCUUUGUCCGACUGUACUGGUUUGAAAAGCGAUUUCAGCAUGUGGUUCGUGAUGCUCGAGCUUUGCGCCAAACCCGAUCCAGAAUGCGGACGAUCAGCGAAGACAAGGAUAACCAAAAUCACAGCCGGGAGGAGGCUGGCGUCGGGGGUCGCUCCAUUGUGGUGUUGCGCGAUAAUCAAGGAGGCCCCCGGGACCGUGAGCAACCAGGCGCCAUCUACAAAACACCUUCCGACAGUGACUCGAGACCCAGUUCGUCGGGUGCCAGAGAUGAGAGUGGCAAUACCUCCGAGCAAGAAACCGACGGCAACAACAACUUGAGGCGAGAGUUUGGGAGUCUCCGGGUUCCGGCCCAAUUGAGCCCCGAACAUCACAUUGCCUUCUUGGAGAAUCAACGGAGGUCCAAAGGUGCCUUGAGGAUACCUAGUCCGAGGGAGUAUGACCGUGGUGGCGUUCCCGAGGUCCUGGAAGAAGAGGAGGGUGGAGGGGCAGAAGCCAUUGGCGAGACCAGUACUCAAUCCGACGAUCCACCGAGCCCACGCCAUGUGGAGGAGGACGACCAGGUAGGGCCGAUGGAGGGGCCGCAUAUUACCAUCAAUGAGCCGGAUAUGAUACGGACACGGACGAGGAAUUCUACCUUCCCCCGGUUAGACACCCGUCCUACCGUGCGCGAGACGGCGGACUUGAGCGAUCCAUCGCCUCUGGCCCGCACCACCACCCGGAGACCCACGUUCACCGGCGUGUUUCGGUCCCUGACGCAGGAGAGAGACCGGAAUACGCUUCCCUAUCUGAGCUGGAAUGCGACGGUCGGCCGGAAUUCCCAGUUCGUUGAUCUGACCGAGGAGCAACGGGAUGAGCUAGGAGGCAUCGAAUAUCGAGCACUCAAAACAUUGGCGGUCGUGCUGAUCUCGUACUAUGUCUUUUUCCACCUUCUAGGGAUUAUCUGCUUGGUGCCGUGGAUCCUGACGACUCGCUGGGGUGUGGUUGUCACGAGUAUUGGGCAAGGACGACCUUGGUGGGCGAUCUUCACGGCUGCAUCCUCUUUCAACGACGUGGGGUUCUCCAUCACCCCUGACUCGAUGAGCUCGUUCCAAGAAGCCGUCUUUCCCCUGCUUCUGCUGGCCUUCCUCAUCAUCAUCGGUAACACAGGCUUUCCCUGUAUGUUGCGAUUGAUCAUUUGGCUAUUGUCCAAGCUUGUGCGAAAAGAAUCUCCCUUGUGGGAAGAGUUGAAGUUUCUCUUAGAUCAUCCUCGUCGCUGCUUCACCCUUCUCUUCCCCCGUAAUGCUACUUGGUGGUUAUUCGCCAUCCUGGUGGCGUUGAACGGGAUUGAUUUGAUCUUUUUCAUUAUUCUGGACUUGAACGAUUCGGCUGUCACCUCUCUAUCUACCGGUAUCAAAAUCUUAGACGGCCUUUACCAGGCCGCGUGCACGCGUACUGCCGGCUUUGCUGUCGUCAGUAUAGCAGAGUUGCAUCCCGCUGUCCAGGUAUCCUACAUGAUCAUGAUGUAUAUCUCCGUUUUCCCGAUCGCCAUCUCUCUUCGUCGAACCAAUGUGUACGAGGAGAAAAGUCUCGGCGUCUACCCUGCAGAUGAUGACGACAACGAUGAGAACCAGACCGCGCCGAGUUAUAUUGGAGCUCACUUGCGGCGGCAGCUGAGUUUCGACUUGUGGUACGUGUUCUUGGGUUUAUUUAUCAUCACCAUUGUCGAAGGAGGACGCCUGCAGCGCCAGGACGAUUACUCGUUUCAAAUCUGGUCGGUUCUUUUCGAGGUCGUCUCCGCCUAUGGCACUGUCGGUUUGUCCAUGGGGUACCCAGGAGUCAAUGCAUCUUUCGCGAGUCAGUUCCAAACAUUGUCAAAGUUGGUUAUCAUCGCCAUGCAAGUCCGUGGUCGGCAUCGUGGCCUCCCCUACUCACUGGACCGUGCCAUCUUGCUUCCAUCCGAGGCUUUGAACCACCAUGAAAUUGCGGAUGCAGAGCGUCGAAUGCGCCGCCGUGCCUCUAGUCUCAGCCAAAUGUCUACGGAUCACCGGCUGUCCCAGGCUCAGGAGAACGGCAUGUCCACCGGGCAAGACCCCAGAGACAAAAAUACGCCGUGGUUCAGUGGGAGCCCUGUCUUGCGUCGCCAGUCUACCCGGCGAUCACAGAGAUCUCAACGGUAGGACUUUCACUUUUCAAAUAGACUUUUUUUUUUGGAAGCUCCUUGUCGUUUAUUGUGAUACUCACAUCGAUGGUUUUAAUCUUCUGUGAUUGGGUGUAAAAUUUGCUUUUGGUGUUUUAGACCUUCCGUUAUUGAGAUAUAUUCGUAUUUGAGCGUCGCCUCUGCCGUUUAGCGUAUCAUUGCUCGAGCGUCUACAAUGUUUUCCUCCCUUGGGCUGUAUAGUGUGGCUUUGUCUGGCAAUUUCGGUGGCUAAUUUUCUCAUCCUGUAUAUACCCAAUUGAAGGCCACGCAGCAGGCUGUGUGUCUGAUUUCUAACGAUCUUUUCCUGUAUUAUAAGUAGCCGCCCGAGUAUAUAUGGCUUAUUGAACCACCCACCCAUAGAAUAUAGACAUCCAGGCGACUCACAACCUGGACUGUCUGUUUGGCAUUCGAAAUAGCCAUCCCAGCGGUACAGAAAAUUCAUAUUUGACACGCCUUC